AUGUCCCCACUCACCGGCAAAGUUGCCCUCGUCACCGGUUCCUCGCGUGGCAUCGGUGCUGCGAUCGCCAAACGGCUAGGCGCGGACGGCGCGAACGUCAUCGUCAACUACUCUGGCAAUACCAAGGUCGCCGCAGACGUGGUCGAUGCGAUCAACAGCCAGCGCGGCGAUAGCAAGGCGGCGGUCGCGAUCCAAGCCGACUUGUCCACCGUGCAAGGCGCCAAAGACCUCCUGCAGAAGUCGAUCAACGCGUUCGGGCAUGUCGAUAUCCUGGUGCUCAAUGCCGCGAUCAUGGGCGUGCACAAAUGCACGCUGCCGGAGGUCGAUGAGGCCUUCUACGAUCAGCACUUCACCAUGAACGUGAAGGUGCCGUUCUUCAUGGUUCAGGCGGCAGCCCCACAGCUCAGAGAUGGCGGUCGCAUCGUCUUCCUCAGUUCUACUCUCACCGUCGCUUCUGUCGUGCCGACAACGGCUCUCAUCUACGCGUCGACAAAGGGCGCUAUUGAGCAGAUGAACCGAGUUCUCGCAAAGGAGCUCGGCCCGAAGGGUGUCACCGUCAAUACCGUAUCUCCGGGUCCGAUAGACACGGAGCUCUUCCGCAACGGCAAGACGGAGCAACAGAUCAAGUUCUUCGAGGGACUCCAUCCGUUGAAGCGUAUCGGCCGUCCUGAUGAGGUCGCUCCGGUUGUAGCGAUGCUCGCGAGCCCCGAAAGUUCGUGGGUGAACGGACAGAACAUCCGAGUGAACGGCGUACGUGAACCGCAUGCCCAUCCUCACAUCGUACUUACCAAUCAUACCCAGGGCUAUGCUGUUUGA